UCUUCAAUUAGAAAAAUAUGCUAUCUUAAAGUUCCUCUUGCCUUCUCUCCAUUGUCAUCCAAUGUUCCAAUAUAUCCCUUCAGGAAAUCUAUGUUUAAUGCUCAUCCCCCUUUCCCUUAUAGUAAAAACAAAGCAGCUCCUUUGUGAACUAAUAUAUUUUCCCUUUCUUUUCCGGAAACUUGUUUUUUUUGUCAAUUUUUAUUUGUCUUUUUUGUUAACAUUAGAAAAUCGGUUAAUUUAAUUGGACCAAAAACGGGUAGCGGUCUGGAACAAAUAAAAUGGUAGGGGGAAGGAAAUGGAUGUUAAGAAGAAGAAAAAAAAGAUGGUUGCUUUAGAACGAUUUUUCAGAUUUUUUAUUCAUUCAAAUAAAUUUUAUUUUUUAAAGAUUUUUAAUAGUUCGUUUACAAUCUUACUUAUUUUAAAGUUUAUUUUAAAGUUUAUUUUAAUGUUUGUGUUAUUCUUUAAGUUUGUUGUCUUUUAAAUUGUUUUUAAGUUUGUUCUUAAGCUUGUUUGUUUUCAAGUUUGAUCUCAAGUUUGUUUUUAGGCGUGUUCUUGAGUUCGUUCUUAAGUUUGUUUUCAAGUUUGUUUUUUUGUUUGUUUUCAAGUUUGAUCUUAAGUUUGUUUCAAGUUUGUUUUUAAGUUUGAUCUUAAGUUUGUUUUUAAGUUUGACUUAAGUUUGUUUUUAAGUUUGUUCUUAAGUUUGUUUUUGUCUCAAGUUUGUUUCAAGUUUGUUCUCAAGUUUAUUUUUUCUUUCAACUUCACACUUAAGUUUUCUUUGGUAUUAUUUUCAAGUUUGCACUUGUUUUCUAUUACAAGUUUGCUGUUUCCACAAGUUUAUGUUUAAUUUUUCAAGUUUAAUCUCGAUUUCAAGUUUCUUAUUGCUUCAGGUUUUAUACCAAAAUUUAAUUGCUUUUAUCAGCCGUGGAUUGGCUUCAAAAAAAUUUAUUGGCCGCUGCCGUCAGUAUUUCUCCUACUCAUCGAAGCUCAUCAUCCCUUAAUUAUAGAAAGAAUGUUAAAGGGAAAUCGAAUUCUACUCCUCUUGUUGAUGUUGACCAACAAGUGGCAAAUUCUCCUAGCUCGAAGCACCAGCAGUAGUGGCAGUGGAAGUUGUUUACAUGCUACAACAUCUACAGCCGUUGCUGAGAGUUGCUCAAGUUUCACUCCAGAGAAGAAGACUACUACAAAAUCCAAUAUUAAAACAACACCCCAGAAAAGCCCAAAACACCUUCCAAAUUCAAAUGAAAAAAUAAAAAUUAAAGAAUUUCAAAAGAAGAAAUUAAAAAAUCAGCAACAAAUAAAUAAUCAAAACAAUUAUUUUAUUGACGAUGAACUUUUUGGUAGUGGAAAGGAAUUACACACUUCAGUGGAGACGGAAACUACAGGAUUAUCAUCAGCUGAGGAGAAAAAGCAGAGAAAUGGGAGCGUUCUUAAAAGUAAUGGGACAAGUAAAUAUCAUCAUACAAACAAAGCUUUUCAAUACUCUCCCCCACCUUUAUCACAUCAUCAACGACAACAACAACCAAAAUCUACUACUACCCCAUUUCAUUUACCUCGACGUCCUUUUCUUCCCACACCAUUUAUUGCUUGGCCACCAGUGCCAAUUUCACCUAUAAAGCAGUCAUUAUCUUCCUCUCCUCGUCGAAAUAAAACAUCGCCUUUAAAUAAACAGCAACACUCCCCUCUCCGUCAAUUAUUACACGCUUCAUUAAAGGCUCGAAACAUCCUCUUAUCUCAAAAGUCGGGCACUAGCGGUGGUGAAUACUCCAGGUUUCCAGAAUCUGAAGAAGGCGGUGAUUCGGUAGAAGAAGAACAGCCGUCAACGUCAGCUAGAAGAGCGAAUAAGGUGUAG